UUUUUUUUUUUUUUUUUUUUUUGAGAUGGAGUCUUGCUCUUUCGCUCAGGCUGGAGUGCAGUGGCGCUAUCUCAGCUCACUGCAAGCUCCGUCUCCUGGGUUCACACCAUUCUCCUGCCUCAGCCUCCCGAGUAGCUGGGACUACAGGCGCCCGCCACCACGCCUGGCUAAUUUUUUGUAUUUUUAAUAGAGACGGGGUUUCACCGUGUUAGCCAGAAUGGUCUCAAUCUCCUGACCUCGUGAUCCGUCCGCCUUCACCUUCCAAAGUGCUGGGAUUACAGGCGUGAGCCACUGCGCCUGGCCGCAAGCUAAUCUUAUGAAGCUCAGAGUAUCUUGAUUUUAGAACCUGUAAGAGACAAUAAUAAAGCAAACGUUAUAAGCACAUUUUGUUUGUAAACAUAGGUUUAAAGACCCUGAAUAGAAUAUUGAGGGAAAGAAAAUAACAGUACAUUAUAUAGUUAUUCGUUAUCAAAGGUUUUAUUACAGGACAGUUGUUAUACAAGGAAAGCGGUAUAAAUCGUAUAAAUAUGAGAGAAUGUUUUGAAAAAUAAAAGAGAUUAGAUAAAAUAAUUAUUUCAGUUUUCUUAAUUGAUUUUAAAAUACCCAAGUUGGAGAGAAUAUGUAGUUCUUACAAGUUGGGGAUCAUUUGAAAGCAAAAGUGAAUCUUUUUCAUGGUUGGAAAACUGUAGAGGCCUUGUCUUAACAAGAUCUGUGUUCUGAGGUUGAGCUUACGGUAGCACAUGUGUUCAGUAUGGCCUGAGAUGUCAGCAGUUUCAUUAAGAUGGGAAGAACCAAAAUAAAUUCACAUAAAAAGACUCAAAAAGAUUCAGAAAAUUUUAUAGAUUAUCAGAAACCCACUAGAAUCAGUGUAUUUUGUAUUUGCCAAUAAUUAAUAGCUAGAAAAGUUCAACAGCAAAAUAGUUUUGAUUAAAAUACAUAUUUUUACUUAACAGAAGAGUCCUAUCAAUUUCCUUAUUUCCAUAUUUGGCAAAUUUAGAUUUACCUAUGUUAUUUGUCACCGGCUGGUGGAGAUCAGCAUUCCAUUCUCUGUAAUUCCUUCUAAAUUUGUUUGUUUGUUUGAUUUAUCACUUUUCUUUUUGUGUGUUUUUUGAGACGAAGUCUCACUCUUGUUCCCCAGGCUGGAGUGCAAUGGUGUGAUCUCGACUCACUGCACCCUCUGCCUCCCAGGUUCAAGCGAUUCUCCUGCCUCAGCCUCCCAAGUAGCUGGGAUUACAGGCACCUCCCACCACGCUGGCUAACUUUUGUAUUUUAAGUAGAGACGGGGCUUCACCAUGUUGGCCAGGCUGGUCUUGAACUUCUGACCUCAGGUGAUCUGCCUGCUUCGGCCUCCCAAAGUGCUGGAAUUACAGGUGAUUUAUCACUUUCUCAGCUCCCUUAGUCAUUCUCUUUUUAUCCCCUCCGCACGCAUUUAUUUUAAAUUUUAAUUAUAAAUCUCUAGUUAAAGAAUUAAUACAUAGACCUUAUCUGCAUCAUUUAAAGAAAUACAAUAGCAGUGUGCUCUGUGAGACAGAGACCAUUACAAGGACAUUUACAUGUUUGCUUUUCAUGCUGUUGUUUCCAAAAAAAAGUUUUAUCAUACAUGCACGUGUUCCUAAACAAUAUGAUUUUAGUUUUAUGUUUUUGGACUUUAUGUAAAUAGAAUUAUGCUAUAUGUUUUCUAUUUCAUGAGUUCUUUUUCAGGCAGGACUGUUUUCGAGAACCAUGUUUCUGCCUGUAGCUGUCAGUGACUGGUGUUCAUUAGUGUCUUGCAUUCAGUUUUGUGAAUUUUCACAACUUUGAUUCAUGUUCAGAUGUGGCUGCUCUCAAACAUGAUGUUGUGGACAUUCUUUUGUGUGUUUUCUGGCACACGCAAACUUGGGCCUUUGCCAGGUCCCUGCCUGGGAAUGGGAGUGCCGGGUCACGGGUAAGCCACUUCUAACUCUGCGUGACCUCCAGCACGGCCACACCCUCUUACACAUAGUGCCAGUGUCUUCAGGCUGACCAGGGCGCCUUGCUCGGUCCCGGGAGGUGGCCCUCGCCUGGCCUGUGCCUGACCGCCAGCCUGUUGUGGCUGUCAGUGUCUUCUGACAUGGGGCACCCAUUUUUCUGUUUGUUGUUGGUUUUGUUUUCUUAAUGAUUUGCAGAAUUGAUACAUCUGGGUGUGUACGGCUUCCUUCCAGCAGCUAACGGGAGGCUGCGGCCGUGUGCUGCCUUCAUCAUCACAGCUUCCUACGGCCACUGCUCCUUAAAGUUUCCUAUAUGUGGAUAUUACUUGCUUGCUGUUUCUUGUUGAAUAUCAGAUAUUCUGGUUUUUUGCUCUUACUUUUCUUCUGGAAGUAAUAUCCUUUAGAAAUUCCCGCAGAAGUUCCGUUUUUUGUUCCUCUGCAAGUUGCCUCCUUUCCCCUUCAUUGUUGAAUGAUCCUUCACAGAAGACAGUGCUGGGGAGGCAGCUGCUCUUCCCCAGGGCUCUGAGGAUGUGAUUGGUUCACUCAGUUCCAAUGUAGCUGUUCCGUUCCUUGGCAGGAAUCUGUUGUGUCUCUCUAGGUGUUUUGUGGUCUUUGUGUUCUACCUUUUUGUAAGCGUUUUCACUUACCCCUGUUGAUAUUUUUUUGGACUUCCUGAAUCUGAAGAUUAGUGUCUUCCAAUAAUAAUGGGGAAUUUUAUUCCUUAACUUUUUUCUUUUUAACUUAAAAUUUUGCUGUAAUUUCAAACUUAAAGAAAAUCAGCAAAAAAUAGUCCAAAGAAUUACUGUUUAUUUAUAUGCAUCCUUUUUUUUUUUCAGAAUCAUUUGAAAGUUAGUGGUAGAUGUGAUGCCUUCCCCCAACUAAUAAUCCAGGCCAUGUUGCCUCAGAUAAGCGUGGUCACUCUUCAGCUACAUACAAUGGACUUUCUGGCCGAGACCAGCCAGUGGAGCUGCUGAAUCCUGCCCGCGUGAACCACAUGCCCAGCACGGUGGAUGUGGCCACGGCGCUGCCUCUGCAAGUGGCCCCCUCGGCAGUGCCCAUGGACCUGCGCCUGGACCACCAGUUCUCACUGCCUGUGGCAGAGCCGGCCCUGCGGGAGCAGCAGCUGCAGCAGGAGCUCCUGGCGCUCAAGCAGAAGCAGCAGAUCCAGAGGCAGAUCCUCAUCGCCGAGUUCCAGAGACAGCACGAGCAGCUCUCCCGGCAGCACGAGGCGCAGCUCCACGAGCACAUCAAGCAACAGCAGGAGAUGCUGGCCAUGAAGCACCAGCAGGAGCUGCUGGAACACCAGCGGAAGCUGGAGAGGCACCGCCAGGAGCAGGAGCUGGAGAAGCAGCACCGGGAGCAGAAGCUGCAGCAGCUCAAGAACAAGGAGAAGGGCAAAGAGAGUGCCGUGGCCAGCACGGAAGUGAAGAUGAAGUUACAAGAAUUUGUCCUCAAUAAAAAGAAGGCGCUGGCCCACCGGAAUCUGAACCACUGCAUUUCCAGCGACCCUCGCUACUGGUACGGGAAAACGCAGCACAGUUCCCUUGACCAGAGUUCUCCACCCCAGAGCGGAGUGUCGACCUCCUAUAACCACCCGGUCCUGGGAAUGUACGACGCCAAAGAUGACUUCCCUCUUAGGAAAACAGCUUCUGAACCGAAUCUGAAAUUACGGUCCAGGCUAAAGCAGAAAGUGGCCGAAAGACGGAGCAGCCCCCUGUUACGCAGGAAAGACGGGCCAGUGGUCACUGCUCUAAAAAAGCGUCCGUUGGAUGUCACAGACUCCGCGUGCAGCAGCGCCCCAGGCUCCGGACCCAGCUCACCCAACAACAGCUCCGGGAGCGUCAGCGCGGAGAACGGUAUCACGCCCACCGUCCCCAGCAUCCCGGCGGAGACGAGUUUGGCGCACAGACUUGUGGCGCGAGAAGGCUCGGCCGCUCCACUUCCCCUCUACACAUCGCCAUCCCUGCCCAACAUCACACUGGGCCUGCCUGCCACCGGCCCUUCCGCUGGCACAGCGGGCCAGCAGGACGCCGAGAGACUCGCCCUUCCCGCCCUCCAGCAGAGGCUCUCCCUUUUCCCCGGCACCCACCUCACUCCCUACCUGAGCACCUCGCCCUUGGAGCGGGAUGGAGGGGCAGCGCACAGCCCUCUUCUGCAGCACAUGGUCUUACUGGAGCAGCCGCCGGCACAAGCGCCCCUCGUCACAGACUGGUAUCUUUCAGGCCUGGGAGCACUGCCCCUCCACGCACAGUCCUUGGUUGGUGCAGACCGGGUGUCCCCCUCCAUCCACAAGCUGCGGCAGCACCGCCCGCUGGGGCGGACCCAGUCGGCCCCACUGCCCCAGAACGCCCAGGCUCUGCAGCACCUGGUCAUCCAGCAGCAACAUCAGCAGUUUCUGGAGAAACACAAGCAGCAGUUCCAGCAGCAGCAACUGCACAUGAACAAGAUCAUCCCCAAGCCAAGCGAGCCAGCCCGGCAGCCAGAGAGCCACCCGGAGGAGACGGAGGAGGAGCUCCGUGAGCACCAGGCUCUGCUGGACGAGCCCUACCUGGACCGGCUGCCGGGGCAGAAGGAGGCGCACGCACCGGCCGGCGUGCAGGUGAAGCAGGAGCCCAUUGAAAGCGAUGACGAAGAGGCGGAGCCCCCGCGGGAGGUGGAGCCCGGCCAACGCCAGCCCAGUGAGCAGGAGCUGCUCUUCAGACAGCAAGCCCUCCUGCUGGAGCAGCAGCGGAUCCACCAGCUGAGGAACUACCAGGCAUCCAUGGAGGCCGCCGGCAUCCCCGUGUCCUUCGGCGGCCACAGGCCUCUGUCCCGGGCGCAGUCCUCACCCGCAUCUGCCACCUUCCCCGUGUCUGUGCAGGAGCCCCCCACCAAGCCGAGGUUCACGACAGGCCUCGUGUAUGACACGCUGAUGCUGAAGCACCAGUGCACCUGCGGGAGCAGCAGCAGCCACCCCGAGCACGCCGGGAGGAUCCAGAGCAUCUGGUCCCGCCUGCAGGAGACAGGCCUCCGGGGCAAAUGUGAGUGCAUCCGCGGACGAAAGGCCACCCUGGAGGAGCUGCAGACGGUGCACUCGGAAGCCCACACCCUCCUGUACGGCACGAACCCCCUCAACCGGCAGAAACUGGACAGUAAGAAACUUCUAGGCUCCCUGGCCUCCGUGUUCGUCCGGCUCCCCUGCGGUGGUGUUGGGGUGGACAGUGACACCAUAUGGAACGAGGUGCACUCGGCGGGGGCAGCCCGCCUGGCUGUGGGCUGUGUGGUAGAGCUGGUCUUCAAGGUGGCCACGGGGGAGCUGAAGAAUGGCUUUGCUGUGGUCCGCCCCCCUGGACACCAUGCGGAGGAGAGCACACCCAUGGGCUUUUGCUACUUCAACUCCGUGGCCGUGGCAGCCAAGCUUCUGCAGCAGAGGUUGAGUGUGAGCAAGAUCCUCAUCGUGGACUGGGACGUGCAUCAUGGAAACGGGACCCAGCAGGCUUUCUACAGUGACCCCAGCGUCCUGUACGUGUCCCUCCACCGCUACGACGAUGGGAACUUCUUCCCAGGCAGCGGGGCUCCUGAUGAGGUGGGCACAGGGCCCGGCGUGGGUUUCAACAUCAACAUGGCUUUCACCGGCGGCCUGGACCCCCCCAUGGGAGACGCUGAGUACUUGGCGGCCUUCAGAACGGUGGUCAUGCCAAUCGCCAGCGAGUUUGCCCCGGACGUGGUGCUGGUGUCAUCAGGCUUCGAUGCUGUGGAGGGCCACCCCACACCUCUCGGGGGCUACAACCUCUCCGCCAGAUGCUUCGGGUACCUGACGAAGCAGCUGAUGGGCCUGGCUGGCGGCCGGAUCGUCCUGGCCCUCGAGGGAGGCCACGACCUGACCGCCAUUUGCGACGCCUCCGAAGCAUGUGUUUCUGCCUUGCUGGGAAAUGAGCUUGAUCCUCUCCCAGAAAAGGUUUUACAGCAAAGACCCAAUGCAAACGCUGUCCGCUCCAUGGAGAAAGUCAUGGAGAUCCACAGCAAGUACUGGCGCUGCCUCCAGCGCGCAACCUCCACAGCGGGGCGUUCUCUGAUCGAGGCUCAGACUUGCGAGAACGAAGAAGCCGAGACGGUCACCGCCAUGGCCUCGCUGUCUGUGGGCGUGAAGCCCGCCGAAAAGAGACCAGACGAGGAGCCCAUGGAAGAGGAGCCGCCCCUGUAGCACUCCCUCGAAGCUGCUGUUCUCUUGUCUGUCUGUCUCUGUCUUGAAGCUCAGCCAAGAAACUUUCCCGUGUCACGCCUGCGUCCCACCGUGGGGCUCUCUUGGAGCACCCAGGGACACCCGGCAUGCAACAGCCCACGGGAAGCCUUUCUGCCGCCCAGGCCCACAGGUCUCGAGAUGCACAUGCACGCCUGGGCGUGGCAGCCUCACAGGGAACACGGGACAGACGCCGGCGACGCGCAGACACACGGACAUGCGGAAGCCAAGCACACUCUGGCGGGUCCCGCGAGGGACGCCGUGGAAGAAAGAAGCCUGUGGCAACAGGCGGCCGAGCUGCCGAAUUCAGUUGACACGAGGCACAGAAAACAAAUAUCAAAGAUCUAAUAAUACAAAACAAACUUGAUUAAAACUGGUGCUUAAAGUUUGAUUAUUACCCACAACUCCACAGUCUGUGUAAACCACUCGACUCAUCUUGUAGCUUAUUUUUUUUUAAAGAGGACAUUUUCUACGGCUGUGGCCUGCCUCUGUGAACCAUAGCGGUGUGCGGUGGGGGGUCUGCACCCGGGUGGGGGACAGGGACCUUUAAAGAAAACAAAACUGGACAGAAACAGGAAUGUGAGCCUGGGGGAGCUGGCUUGAGUUUCUCAAAAGCCAUCGGAAGAUGCGAGUUUGUGCCUUUUUUUUAUUGCUCUGGUGGAUUUUUGUGGCUGGGUUUUCUGAAGUCUGAGGAACAAUGCCUUAAGAAAAAACAAACAGCAGGAAUCGGUGGGACAGUUUCCUGUGGCCAGUCGAGCCUGGCAGUGCUGGCACCGCGAGCUGGCCUGACGCCUCAACCACGGGCACCAGCCGUCAUCUCCGGGGCCAGGGGCUGCAGCCCGGUGGUCCCUGUUUUGCUUUAUUGCUGUUUAAGAAAAAUGGAGGUAGUUCCAAAAAAGUGGCAAAUCCCGUUGGAGGUUUUGAAGUCCAACAAAUUUUAAACGAAUCCAAAGUGUUCUCACACGUCACAUAACGAUUGAGCAUCUCCAUCUGGUCGUGAAGCAUGUGGUAGGCACACUUGCAGUGUUACGAUCGGAAUGCUUUUUAUUAAAAGCAAGUAGCAUGAAGUAUUGCUUAAAUUUUAGGUAUAAAUAAAUAUAUAUAUGUAUAAUAUAUAUUCCAAUGUAUUCCAAGCUAAGAAACUUGAUUCUUAUGAAAUCUUGAUAAAAUAUUUAUAAUGCAUUUAUAGAAAAAGUAUAUAUAUAUAUAAAAUUAAUGCAGAUUGUGAAGGUCCCUGCAAAUGGAUGGCUUGUGAAUUUGCUCUCAAGGUGCUUAUGGAAAGGGAUCCUGAUUGAAAUUCAUGUUUUCUCAAGCUCCAGAUUGGCUAGAUUUCAGAUCGCCAACACAUUCGCCACUGGGCAACUACCCUACAAGUUUGUACUUUCAUUUUAAUUAUUUUCUAACAGAACCCCUCCCGUCUCCAAGCCUUCAUGCACAUAUGUACCUAAUGAGUUUUUAUAGCAAAGAGUAUAAAUUUGCUGUUGAUUUUUGUAUGAAUUUUUUCACAAAAAGAUCCUGAAUAAGCAUUGUUUUAUGAAUUUUACAUUUUUCCUCACCAUUUAGCAAUUUUCUGAAUGGUAAUAAUGUCUAAAUCUUUUUCCUUUCUGAAUUCUUGCUUGUACAUUUUUUUUUUUUACCUUUCAAAGGUUUUUAAUUGUUUUUAUUUUUGUAUGAUGAGUUUUCUGCAGAGUACGGAAUUGUUGCUGUCAGAGUUUAUUUUCAGAAAGUGAGAGGAGGGACCGUAGGUCUUUUCGGAGUGACACCAACGAUUGUGUCUUUCCUGGUCUGUCCUAGGAGCUGUAUAAAGAAGCCCAGGGGCUCUUUUUAACCUUCAACACUAGUAGUAUUACGAGGGGUGGUGUAUUUUUCCCCUCCGUGGCAAGGGCAGGGAGGGUCGCUUAGGAUGCCCGGCCACCCUGGGAGGUUUGCCAGAUGCCGGGGGCAGUCAGCAUUAAUGAAACUCAUGUUUAAACUUCUCUGACCACAUCGUCAGGAUAGAACUCUAACUUCGGUUUUCCAAAGACCUUUUGAGCAUGUCAGCAAUGCAUGGGGCACACGUGAGGCUCUUUACCCACUUGGGUUUUUCCACUGCAGCCACAUGGCCAGCCCUGGAUUUUGGAGCCUGUGGCUGCAAGGAACCCAGGGACCCUUGUUGCCUGGUGAACCUGCAGGGAGGGUAUGAUUUCCUGACCAGGACAGCCAGUCUUUACUCUUUUUCUCUUCAACAGUAACUGACAGUCACGUUUUACUGGUAACUUAUUUUCCAGCACAUGAAGCCACCAGUUUCAUUCCAAAGUGUAUUGGGUUCAGACUUGUGGGCAGAAGUUCAGACACACCGUGCUCAGGAGGGACCCAGAGCCGAGUUUCAGAGUUUGGUAGAGUUUACAGGGUAGCUUCUGAAAUUAACUCAAACUUUUGACCAAAUGAGUGUAGAUUCUUGGAUUCACUUGGUCAUUGGGCUGCUGAUGGUCAGCUCUGAGACAGUGGUUUGAGAGCAGGCAGAACGGUCUUGGGACUUGUUUGACUUUCCCCUCCCUCGUGGCCACUCUUUGCUCUGAAGCCCAGAUUGGCAAGAGGAGCUGGUCCAUUCCCCAUUCAUGGCACAGAGCAGUGGCAGGGCCCAGCUAGCUGGCUCUUCCGGCCUCCUUGGCCUCAUUCUCUGCACAGCCCUCUGGGGAUCCUGCCACCUGCCCUCUUACCCCGCCAUGGCGUAUGGGGAGGAAUGCAUCAUCUCACUUUUUUUUUUAAGCAGAUGAUGGGAUAACAUGGACUGCUCAGUGGCCAGGUUAUCACUGGGGGGACUUAAUUCUAAUCUCAUUCAAAUGGAGACACCCUCUGCAAAGGCCUGGCAGGGGGAGGCACGUUUCAUCUGUCAGCUCACUCCAGCUUCACAAAUGUGCUGAGAGCAUUACUGUGUAGCCUUUUCUUUGAAGACACACUCGGCCCUUCUCCACAGCAAGCAUCCAGGGCAGAUGGCAGAGGAUCUGCCUCAGCGUCUGCAGGCGGAACCACGUCAGGGAGGGUUCCUUCAUGUGUUCUCCCUGUGGGUCCUUGGACCUUUAGCCUUUUUCUUCCUUUGCAAAGGCCUUGGGGGCACUGGCUGGGAGUCAGCAAGCGAGCACUUUAUAUCCCUUUGAGGGAAACCCUGAUGACGCCACCGGGCCUCUUGGCGUCUGCCCUGCCCUCGCGGCUUCCCGCCAUGCCGCAGUGUGCCCGCGUGCCCACGCCCCACCAGCAGGCGGCUGUCCCGGAGGCCGUGGCCCGCUGGGACUGGCCGCCCCUCCGCAGCGUCCCAGGGCUCCGGUUCUGGAGGGCCACUUUGUCAAGGUGUUUCAGUUUUUCUUUACUUCUUUUGAAAAUCUGUUUGCAAGGGGAAGGACCAUUUCAUAAUGGUCUGACACAAAAGCAAGUUUGAUUUUUGCAGCACUAGCAACGGACUUUGUUGUUUUUCUUUUUGAUCAGAACAUUCCUUCUUUACUGGUCACAGCCAUGUGCUCAUUCCAUUCUUCUUUUUGUAGACUUUGGGCCCACGUGUUUUAUGGGCAUUGAUACAUAUAUAAAUAUAUAGAUAUAAAUAUAUAUGAAUAUAUUUUUUUAAGUUUCCUACACCUGGAGGUUGCAUGGACUGUACGACCGGCAUGUCUUUAUAUUGUAUACAGAUUUUGCACGCCAAACUCGGCAGCUUUGGGGAAGAAGAAAAAUGCCUUUCUGUUCCCCUCUCAUGACAUUUGCAGAUACAAAAGAUGGAAAUUUUUCUGUAAAACAAAACCUUGAAGGAGAGGACGGGGGGAAGUUUGCGUCUUAUUGAACUUAUUCUUAAGAAAUUGUACUUUUUAUUGUAAGAAAAAUAAAAAGGACUACUUAAACAUUUGUCAUAUUAAGAAAAAAAGUUUAUCUAGCACUUGUGACAUACCAAUAAUAGAGUUUAUUGUAUUUAUGUGGAAACAGUGUUUUAGGGAAACUACUCAGAAUUCAAAGUGAACUGCCUGUCUCUCUCGAGUUGAUUUGGAGGAAUUUUGUUUUGUUUUGUUUUGUUUGUUUCCUUUUAUCUCCUUCCACGGGCCAGGCGAGCACCGCCCACCCUCACUGGCCUCGUGACAGUUUAUUCUGAUUGAGAACCGGGCGGACUCGAAAGAGUCCCCUUUUCCGCACAGCUGUGUUGACUUUUUAAUUACUUUUAGGUGAUGUAUGGCUAAGAUUUCACUUUAAGCAGUCGUGAACUGUGCGAGCACUGGUUUAAAAUUAUACUUUGCAUCGAAAGGAAACCAUUUCUUCAUUGUAACGAAGCUGAGCUUGUUCUUAGCUCGGCCUCACUUUGUCUCUGGCAUUGAUUAAAAGUCUCCUAUUGAAAGAAAAAGAAAGCGAA